UCUCACCAGGAGUCGCGAGACAGAUUCAGGCAUCUCACAAACGAGGACUCCCUCAACUCAGGCACAAUGGUGAAAGUUGGUAUCAAUGGAUUUGGCCGCAUUGGUCGUCUGGUGACCAGAGCUGCUUUCCACUCCAAGAAGGUGGAGGUUGUGGCCAUCAAUGACCCCUUCAUUGACCUGGAGUACAUGGUCUACAUGUUCAAGUAUGACUCCACCCACGGCCGCUUCCACGGUGAGGUCAAGAUUGAGGGUGACAAGCUGGUCAUCGAUGGACACAAGAUCACCGUGUUCCAUGAGAGGGACCCUACCAACAUCAAAUGGGGGGAUGCUGGUGCCCAGUACGUAGUUGAGUCCACGGGUGUUUUUACCACCAUCGAGAAGGCCUCUGCUCACCUGAAGGGCGGCGCCAAGAGAGUCAUCAUCUCCGCCCCCAGCGCUGAUGCGCCCAUGUUCGUCAUGGGGGUCAACCACGAGAAGUACGACAACUCCCUCAAGGUCGUCAGCAACGCUUCCUGCACAACAAACUGCCUGGCCCCCCUGGCCAAGGUCAUCCAUGACAACUUUGGCAUUAUUGAGGGCUUGAUGAGCACUGUUCACGCCAUCACCGCCACCCAGAAGACUGUGGACGGACCCUCAGGCAAGCUGUGGAGGGACGGCCGCGGUGCCAGCCAGAACAUCAUCCCCGCUUCGACCGGCGCCGCCAAAGCUGUUGGCAAGGUCAUCCCCGAGCUCAACGGCAAGCUGACCGGCAUGGCCUUCCGUGUCCCCACUCCCAACGUGUCUGUGGUCGACCUGACCGUGCGUCUGGAGAAACCAGCUAAAUACGAUGACAUCAAGAAGGUGGUGAAGGCUGCCUCUGAAGGACCCAUGAAGGGCAUUCUGGGAUACACGGAGCACCAGGUGGUGUCCACAGACUUCAAUGGUGACAACCACUCCUCCAUCUUUGAUGCUGGUGCUGGCAUCGCCCUCAACGACCACUUUGUCAAGCUGGUCUCAUGGUACGACAAUGAGUUCGGCUACAGCAACCGUGUGUGCGACCUGAUGGCCCACAUGGCCGCCAAGGAGUAAACCGCCACCACUGCACUUUGCCACAUUCUCCACGUCGGAGUUCCACCUGUACGAUGACGUUUUGUCGUGUGCAGGUGGAAGUCUGCCUUGUUUACCAAACCCCGCUGCCUGGGGAGAGACCCCCCCCCCCCACCCCCCACCCACACACACACACACACACACACACACACACCUCUCCAAAGAUUGCAAAAUAUUUAAAUUAGUGACCAAUUCUUGUCUGAAGUUCUUUUCUGCUCUUGUGAGGAGUUCAGGUGUUGAGUGUCUGGUCCUGCACUGCUGCAGUCAGCGGAGAAAUUAAAGUCCUCUUUGUGAGA